AUUGAAACUCGGGAUAGCUGUCUUAGCGUUUAUAAAUAUCCGCCAUAUGAGAGACUGGGCAGUGUUUCCGGAAGUACCUUACCCGAACGUCAAGUGGGAACUGGCGACGACAGCAGCAAACUGCUCACAAGUGGUACUUAUCCGACGAAAACAUUGAUCGACAGUCUAGGGGAGUGUUUCAUCUAAAUCUAAUGUAGAACUAUAGAAAAAAGCAAGGUCUUCAUCUCCGUUUAGAUAAUUGUUGUCAUUCAAGAUGGACCUAAAAGAAAAGACCGUUGCCAUAUUGAAGCAGUAUGAUGUUGGCACCAGAUUCUCCUACCUGCCCAACCUGCCAAAGGCCUCAGUGUUGAUCCCACUGUUUGUGAGGGAUGGUGAUGUACACAUGUUGAUGACUCUACGCUCCUUAGAGCUGAGGACCAAUGCAGGUGAGGUGUGUUUCCCAGGUGGGAAGAGGGAUCCAAGUGACAGGAAUGAUGUGGACACAGCUCUUAGAGAAGCAGAAGAGGAGUUAGGCCUUCCUGCUGACCAGGUGGAUGUGGUCUGUACACUCUUUCCCAUUAUGAACAAGAGUGGCCUUCUCGUGACACCAGUGGUGGGGUUCAUUGAUGCCUCGUUCUCUCCUUGUCCAAACCCAGCUGAAGUCAGUGCUGUGUUUACUGCCCCACUGGAGUUCUUUCUUAAAGAGACAGAUCACUCCUCCUACAGCUCUGCUGGGAUGUCUGGCCUGCUCCACAGUUUUCUGUUUCUGGACCCUGAAUCAGGAAGCUACUAUCAGAUAUGGGGCCUGACUGCCAUUUUGGCUAUACUGGUCUCUGUCCUUGCACUAAGAAAAAAGCCAGAGUUUGAGAUUAGUUUUAACUCUGAUAACCCAGAAUCUUACUUCCAACACAAUUUGAACAAAAUUAUUAGUAAAUUAUGAAAGAUUAGAUUUAAAAAUAUAUAUAUUUACCAGGUAACAAUACAAUCAUUAUUUAAUGUAAUUCUGUUAUGAAGCAUUUCUCUAUAUAUUUUCCACAAAAUACUAUCUUUAAAUAUGUAAAUCAAAUAUCUACCUAAAUGUUUGUGAAUGUAGAAUAGGUUAAUUCACCUAUUCGAAUAGGUUCAUUCACAUUGAAUAAAAAUAAGGGAAUGCAUUUUUGAUUGCCACAGUAUGAACAAAGUAAAAGGCAAUGUAGAGGAGUAAAGAAAGGUACUCUGAUUCAGAAGAAAUGGUCAGAAGCCUCUUUAGAAAGGCCUGAACCCACUGUGAUUCUUUGGUCAGGGUCUGUAUUCUCAAGGCUUCUCAGAGAAUAUCAACAGUUUUUCCUUUUAAUUAUCAUGAUGAAUAAUAUUGUAUGUAAGAUAUGUAAUCUAUGGUGUAAUUAUUGUUUCUAUAAUUAAGGAAUGUACUAUUAAAGUAAUACACUACUCUAUAUGCAAUGUCAGUUCUACUGAUAUAGUUUUUAGUGGCCGGAGAUCAUCACACUGCCAACCACACUGUCUAAAAGCAUAAAGGGACCACACUGCUGUUGCACACUUUUUCAGGGAUUAAGGGAUACUCUUUUA